AUGCCCAGUGAGACCGAGAAUAGUAAGGCAAAAAGGCUUAAAGAAUUACUAAACACAUAUCAAUUGUCUCAACUUAUUAAAAAGCCUACUAGAACAACAGAAUCAACGAAGACGCUCUUAGAUUUAAUAAUUUGUAAAACUGACGACCCUAAAACCGCUACAACGGACGUUGUUGAGCUAGGUAUAAGCGACCACAACCUAGUCUACACUUGUAGAAAGGUCGGAAUAUGUAAACAAAAACCCAAAAUUAUUGAAACAAGGCAAUACCAUAAACUAAAUAACGCGAAAUUCCAAAACGAUUUAAAACAAGCUUUACUACAUAUUAAUGAACAUUCAGAUCCAAAUACGGCCCUACAGGAAUGGAACAGAAUUUUUCUACUGAUAGCUGAUAUAAAUGCUCCUAUACGAUUGAGAAAAGUGAGAAGUGACCGACAACCGUGGAUGACUGAUGAAAUUAAAAAACUGAGCUUUCACAGAGACUACUUAAAAAAGAAAGCAGUCAUGUUAAAUUCCUCUGCCUUUCAUAGUUCAUACAAAAAAUGUAAAAACAAAGUAACUAAACUUAUUAGUAAUGCAAAAACUCACUACUUUAGAACCAAUCUCGAAAACAGCAAAAGUUGCAAAGAAAACUGGAUUCACAUAAACAAACUGCUAAACCACAAAACGGUCAAAACUCAGACGAUCAAUAACAUUAAAUUUGGAGACCAAAAUAUUACAGGUGAUAUCAACAUAGCAAAUACAAUUAAUAACUACUUUGUAGAAAUUGGACCCAAACUUGCAUCCGUUAUUUCUCCUACAGACAUAGACCCUAUACAACCUAUUCAGCCUUGUAGAUCUGAAUUUAACUUAAGAACAAUAACAACGACAGAAUUAAUUCAAACAAUUGGGAAAACUAAUUUAAACAAGGCCCCAGGUCUAGACAAAAUACCAAUUAAACUAAUUAAACUAGCAGGAGAUGCCAUUCACGACUCCUUACUACAUAUCUUUAACCUUGUACUGGGCACUGGCAUUUUCCCAGAUGAUUUAAAACUUGCUAAAAUAAUACCUAUUCAUAAAGAAGGUGACAAGGCGGAAUGCGGAAACUACCGGCCUAUAUCUGUAAUUUCUACUGUCGCCAAAAUCCUUGAAAAGAUUAUAUACGACCAAUUAAGUUCAUAUAUCAAUGACAACGACAUCAUUUGUAAACAGCAAUUUGGCUUUAGACCAAAUCAUUCUACAGAAACUGCCCUUUUAAAAUGCACAGAUCAAUGGCUACUCAACAUGGAUAAAGGAAUGGCAAAUGGAGUGCUAUUUUUGGAUCUUAAAAAAGCGUUUGACACGGUUGAUCAUUCUAUUCUCCUACAAAAGCUAUACCAAUACGGUAUAAAGGGUACUCCUCUAAAAUUACUAGCAUCUUACUUAAACAACAGAAAACAAGUUUGUGUCAUUAAUAAUAACAAAUCAGGCCAAGAAACAGUUCAAUGUGGAGUACCACAGGGUUCCAAUCUGGGACCAUUGCUAUUCUCAUUGUACAUAAAUGAUUUACCAAUGUGCCUUGAGUAUACACAAGCAUCCAUGUUUGCUGAUGACACCAAUCUAUCAUGCACAGGAAGGACCCCAGCCGAAAUCGAGCACAAACUAAACGCUGACUUAUCCAAUGUUAACGACUGGUUAGAAGCAAAUAGGUUGACAUUGAAUGCAGACAAAACAGAAUUUAUGAUAAUAGCCUCAAAAAGAAAACUUAAUCAAUUUCGCACUGAUAUUCGUAUACAUAUAAACGGAUCCAUUAUUAAACAAGUUAAGCAAAAAAAAACCCUUCGGUAUUACAAUUGAUAACGAACUAAGGUGGACUGAACACAUUAAUGAGCAAUGCAAAAAACUUUCAAGUGCAAUAGCUCUGCUUAGAAAGGCAAAACCACACGUACCUUACAACGACUCACUCCGUAUUUACAAUUCCCUGGUAGUUCCUUACUUUACAUACUGUUCGACAGUUUGGAACGAUGGAAACAAAACAAAUUUGGAAAAACUUUAUAAAUUACAAAAGCGAGCCGCUCGUAUAAUUACUGGAUUAAACUAUGAAACAAGAUCAAAAACAAUCCUCCAGAGUCUAGGUUGGCAUCCAAUUAAUAACAUUCUUAAAAAAAGAGACUUUCUAAUUACGUUUAAGGCUACCCGAGGUAUAGCGCCGGAGUGCAUCAGUAAUAUGUUCUCCUACUGUGAUAAUAGAAGUCACCACAUGCGGAGCAACGGGCGGAAACUAACUCUCGAUAAACCUAAUAGAUCAUUUAUGAAAAAGUCAUUUUCAUAUCGAGGAGCUUCCGCCUGGAACUCAUUACCUAACGAAAUCUUAGACGUUCACGAACAGUUGACGAUACAUUCUUUUAAAACUAAGCUCAACAAUCACCUACGUUGAAAAAAAAUAUCCAAUUGUAAAGACUCCUAGUCAACUACACUAUUUUGUAAAUACUUAUACUAUUUUGUAAAUAUUUAUUUUGUACUUUAUUUUAUGUAAACAACCCCUUUAAAAGCAGCGUAGGCUGAAGGUUUAUUGUUUGUAAAUAAGUUUUAAUAAUAAUAAUAAUAAUAAUAAUUCUGAGGACAGCGUUCCUCACUCUGAGGACAGCGUUCCUCACUCUGAGGACAGCGUUCCUCACUCUGAGGACAGCGUUCCUCACUCUGAGGACAGCGUUCCUCACUCUGAAGACAGCGUUCCUCACUCUGAGGACAGCGUUCCUCAUACUGAGGACAGCCUUCCUCACUCUGAGGACAGCGUUCCUCACUCUGAGGACAACGUUCCUCAUUCUGAGCACAGCGUUCCUCACACUGAGGACAGCGUUCCUCACUCUGGGGACAGCGUUCCUCACUCUUAGGACAGCGUUCCUCACUCUGAGGACAGCGUUCCUCACUCUGAGCACAGCGUUCCUCACUCUGAGGACAGCGUUUCUCACUCUGAGGACAUCGUUCCUCACUCUGAGGACAGCGUUCCUCACUCUGAGGACAGCGUUCCUCACUCUGAGGACAGCGUUCCUCACUCUGAGGACAGCGUUCCUCACUCUGAGGACAGCGUUCCUCACUCUGAGGACAGCGUUCCUCACUCUGAGCACAGCGUUCCUCACUCUGAGCACAGCGUUCCUCACUCUGAGGACAGCGUUCCUCACUCUGAGGACAGCGUUCCUCACUCUGAGGACAGCGUUCCUCACUCUGAAUAAAGCGUUCCUCACUCUGAGGACAGCGUUCCUCACUCUGAGGACAGCGUUCCUCACUCUGAGGACAGCGUUCCUCACUCUGAGGACAGCGUUCCUCAAUCUGAGGAAAGCGUUCCUCACUCUGAGGACAGCGUUCCUCACUCUGAGGACAGCGUUCCUCACUCUGAGGACAGCGUUCCUCACUCUGAGGACAGCGUUCCUCACUCUGAGGACAGCGUUCCUCACUCUGAGGACAGCGUUCCUCACUCUGAGGACAGCAUUCCUCACUCUGAGGACAGCGUUCCUCACUCUGAGGACAACGUUCCUCAUUCUGAGCACAGCGUUCCUCACACUGAGGACAGCGUUCCUCACUCUGGGGACAGCGUUCCUCACUCUUAGGACAGCGUUCCUCACUCUGAGGACAGCGUUCCUCACACUGAGGACAGCGUUCCUCACUCUGAGGACAACGUUCGUCACUCUGAGGACAGCGUUCCUCACUUGGAGGACAGCGUUCCUCACUCUGAGGACAGCGUUCCUCACACCGAGGACAGCGUUCCUCACUCUGAGGACAACGUUCCUCACUCUGAGGACAGCGUUCCUCACACUGAGGACAGCGUUCCUCACUCUGAGGACAACGUUCCUUACUCUGAAGACAGCGUUCCUCACUCUGAGGACAGC